AUGCUGCUGCUCGGGAACCUGUCGACCGCGUUCAGCGACGUAGUCGUGGACUCGCUCGUCGUCGAGCGCGCGCGCGGGGAGCCGCAGCGCACAGCAGGAAGUCUGCAGUCGCUCUGCUGGGGCUCGCGCGCCGUGGGCGGGAUCGCGUCGGCGUACGCGUCGGGGUCCCUCGUGGAGACGCUGGGCAACCGUCCGGUGUUCGCCCUCACGGCCGCGUUCCCGCUCAUGGUGUCCUUCUCUGCGUGGCUCAUCGACGAGGCCCCCGCGGCAAGCGCGCCGUCGCGGGCGGCCGCGGUGGCGGCUGGGACGAGGAAGGCGGGGGCGGAUCUCGCUGGGCUGCUGAAGCGCGCAGGAGCGCAGGGGAGCGUGCUGUUUGACGCAGUGCGCGACAGGGGGAUUCUGCUGCCGGCGUUGUUUGUCUUCUUUUGGCAGGCAACACCGACGGCGGGGGAGGCGCUGUUCUACUUCUACACGAACCAGCUCGGGUUCGCCCCCGAAUUCCUGGGCAGAGUCCGCCUGGUGUCGUCGUGCGCGGAGCUCGCGGGGGCAGGGCUGUACAACAGGUACCUGAAGGACAUCCCCCUGCGCAAGAUAUUCCUUUGGACGGCCCUGUCGGGCACGGUGUUGUCGGCGACGCAGCUGCUCCUCGUCACGGGCCUGAACCGCGAGCUCGGCAUCGACGACCGCUUCUUCGUCCUGGGCGACUCCGUCAUCCUCACGCUCCUCGGCCAGAUCUCGUUCCUGCCCGUGCUGGUGCUUGCGGCGCGCAUCUGCCCGCCGGGGGUGGAGGCGACGCUCUUUGCCACGCUCAUGUCCCUGCUCAACGCGGGCGCCUUCGCAUCCGGCCUGCUCGGCUCCGGGCUCACGGCCUACCUCGGCGUCACGGCGAAGAACUUCGACAACCUCGCGAUCCUGGUGGGCAUCUGCUGUGCGUCGCAGCUCCUGCCGCUGCCCCUGCUCAAGCUGGUGCCCAACGAGAACCAGCAGAGCCGGAUAGACGACGCGAAGAAGGACGACAGCAGCUCGGCGUGA